AUGGCGGCCGACAACAACACUGAUGCGCAGGCUGAGAAAGACACGACUGUUAAUGAGAAACGAUGUAAUGAAUCAUGCGAGGAGGCUCAGACCCUGGUCGCAAGCACAAAAGCAAAGGACUCCAAACUGACUCUUUACCACUGGACGCAGUCCUUCAAUUCACAAAAGGUAAGAUUGGCUAUUGCAGAGAAGGGUUUGGAGUGUGAAGAAUACGACGUUAGCCUGCCCCUCAGUGAGCACAACGAGCCUUGGUUUAUGAAGCUCAAUCCUGCAGGAGAGGUCCCAGUGUUGGUGCACAACGACAAUGUUAUUAGCGAUCCGACCCAAAUACUGGACUAUCUUGAGCAGAACUUCAAAGAUGCAAAUACUCCCAAGCUGAUCCCUGAGGAGGGCAGCAUGUACUACACGCGGGUGCAGCACUACAGAGAGCUGCUCGACUCCCUGCAGAUGGACGCCUACACCCAUGGCUGCAUCCUCCACCCCGAGAUCACCGUGGACUCCCACAUCCCAGCUUAUGCCACCACCAGGAUCCGAGCCCAGAUUGGAAACACAGAGUCGGAGCUGAAGAAAUUAGCAGCAGAGAAUCCAGACCUGAAAGAUGCCUACAUCGCUAAAAACAGGCGCAUAAAGUCAAAGUUGUUUGAUCAUGACAACAUGAAGUACCUGAAGAAGCUGUUGGAUGAGCUGGAGAACGUGAUGGACCAGGUGGAGACCGAACUCCAGCGGAGGGUGGAGGAAACACCAGAGGAAGGGAGCCAGGUGUGGCUGUGUGGCGACUUCUUCAGCAUGGCCGACGUGUCCCUGGCCGUCACCCUGCACCGCCUCAAGUUCCUGGGGCUCUCGCGACGCUUCUGGGGCAGCGGCCGUCGGGCCAACGUGGAGACCUACUACGAUCGCGUGCUGGAGAGGCCGGCCUUCCGCAGAGUUCUGGGCAUGGUCAACAACAUCCUGAUCUCCGCCGUCCUGCCCACGGCCUUCCGCGUGGCCCGCAAGAGGGCACCGUCCUUCGUGGGCACGGCGCUACUGGUUGGCAUCGUGGGUGGUGCCAGUUACUUGGCUUUCCUCUACUUUAAGAGGAGACUAACUACUUUGAGUUGAAGAUGGGUUGCUGCCUCCGCCAACCCUCCUGCGUCCUUCUAAGGCACCUUGUGUCUUGGUUGUUUUUCCACCUUCCAAACUCCAAAUGCAGAAGUUGCGUUGCUAUAGUUGCACAAGAAGUACUUUUCAGUAGCCUUAAGUCUAAUGGAAACAAUCGGAGAGUGAGAAGAGUGAGACACGCUGCCAUUGUUCUGUGUGUGUGUGUGUGUGUGUGUGUGUGUGUGUGUGUGUGUGUAUGUGUGAGAGAGAGAGAGAGAGAGAGAGAGAGAGAGAGAGAGAGAGAGAGAGAGAGAGAGAGAGAGAGAGAGAGAGUGUGAGUGAGUGAAUGUUGUUUAGCUUACCGUUUUCAAAGAUGCUUCAUUAAUGCUGUGCAAUGCUUCAUUGAUGCUGUGCAAUAUGAUGGUCAGGUCUUAUGCAUGUUCACCAACUAUGACUCAGUUCUGUCGUACUUUUCAAGGAGCCAUAAGCUGGGUGGAAAGCAGUAAGGAAUAGUAUACUGUACUGUAGGAUUACAGUAGGUUUUCACAAAAUCUACCGUCUGUUUGAUUAGGAUGUUUUUAAAGGGACACUGUGUGAGAUUUUUAGUUGUUUAUUUCCAGAAUUCAUGCUGCCCAUUCACUAAUGUUACCUUUUUCAUGAAUACUUACCACCACCAUCAAAUUCAAAGUAUUCAUUAUGACUGGAAAAAUUGCACUUUUCAUACAUGAAAAGGGGGAUCGUCUCCAUGGUCCGCCAUUUUGAUUUUCCAGAAAUAGCCAUUUUAAGCUGCAAAAAUGACUGUACUUGGGCCAAACUAAUAAAUAUUACUUUAUUACUUAGUAACCUUUCAUGAAAAGGUCAAAUUUGGCAAUAGGCAACACAGUUUCAAUGAGCAGCAUAGUUGCAGUACCGUUUUUGACCAUUUCCUGCACAGUGUCCCUUUAAGAGCAGGUAUUUCAACUUGUUAGUCAUAAGGACCUACUGGGUUAUACACUACACACUGUCUAGCUUUAAAUAUAAAUAUAAUAUAAUAGAUAAAUAAUUAAUAGUUUCAUUUACUUACGUACUUAGUGUUUGUUCUUUUGUUUUGUCUCUUCAAGAGACUCUCUUGUGUCUAUGAUCUGAAUGUACUACACAGUCUAUCACUGUCAGCUAAACAAAGAUUACUGACCUUAUAAAGCAAAGUGAAUAAACUUUAUU